AUGGACCAGAACCUACUGCAGGACAAGUUAGCAUGCGUUCCUCAAACUGUACUCCGCUCUGUUCCCCACCGGCUCCAUAGCUUCCCUCAAGCAUCGAUGUCAACGAUCUACUCAGCGCUGCUCAUGAGUGCCAGAGUUUUCGGGUCGCAUUCUCCCAGUCCCACCUGGUGUCUCAGUUUGCCUACUCUGAGAAGAUCCGCUACAUAUACUACCUCCAAACAUGGUCGACCUACAUAUGCCUUUCUCUCCUUCCUGGCAGAGGAGAUUGACUCAGGGGCAACAACUAUUAGUAACAAGAGGAUAAACACGGUGUGUGGAGUGGCAUUAUGGAUGGCAGUGAAGAACUUCACCAGUGCCGAAAUCACAAGUGCAUGUGUAACGUUUGUGGAGAUGAUUGACCAGGACAGCCUGCCACUGCGAACAUACAUUCAAGUAGGUGUGGAGAUUCUCGCCUACAAGAACAAUGGCAUUAUGGGUACCAUUGACAAGAGGAAGGAGUUGAUGCACACAAAUGAAGAAGAAGUGGUGGACCUCCUGCUGAACUGUGUAAGGCGGCGGAGAAGGAACGGCCCCAGUGUGGUGGAAGCCUUGGAGAAGGCUACUGCAGACAGCAUCAUCAAGAAGGGCAUCAACAGUACAAGUUUCGAGGCUGCCCACCAGUGGCUGUUGACCGUGACCCUCUGCCACCUGCUCCAUCUACCUCUGUCCACUGUGUUCCUGGAGGAAUGUGCCCAUGCUGAUAAAUGGCUGCCCUUCCUCUGGUUUGCCCAGCUGCAUCAGUUCCCUAAACAACAGUUGCAGGGCCUGCUUCACCAGUUCCGCAGUCGACAUCUACGCGAACACCUCCACUAUGUCAUAGAAAAUGCAGAUGCAAAGUCUGUCAUGUUGCGAAGGAAGUUGUCCGAAACACCCAGUGACACUCAGACAAGGGGCUCUGCGAAGGAUGCCAGAUCCUCACUUUAUGCUAAGAUUGGCCUAUCAAAGGGGAGAGGUAAUGCAAGCAGUGAUGAGGAGGACCAUGCUAGCUUGACCUCCACCCAGGGAGAGGUACUGGCUCAGGAUCAAACACAGCCAGUUGACCUGACGUUGACGGAAGAGUCGGCGGGGGAGGAUGUGUUCCAAGUGGUGUUCUCGUCACAGGCGGCCGCCUCUCCAUGGAAGUCCCUCCUACAAGCAUCUGUUGUCCUCCGUAACUCUCUGUUUGCUGAACUGGCUGCAUGUCAAGAGGAUGCUUCAGUGGCUGGCUGUUUGUGUGGAUGGUUGGUGGCCAUGAUGGAUCGUACUGAGCAUGCUCAGUUCCUAGAGGCUCAUGGGAAAUCAGCCUCAGUUUGGAAUAUGGCAGAGCUUGAAAUUCUGAUUGACCUUUACAUUGGCAAACAUUGGGAAUAUACUCUUGCUACAGGAUUUGACAUAUUUCAAACCAACUCACCACUGCUCCCGUUUUUGAAGUUCCUGGCUGAAUUAACACAGGGAAGGAACUACAGCAUCUGCACUGGUCUUCUUUGUGAUUUCAAGGAUGCAAUGUCAAAUUACCCUGAGGGAAAAUUGGAAUCUUCACAGCAGUUAAUUUUGGGGAACUCCCAUUGGCUAGAAAUGACAGCCAAUCGGCUGCUACAACGUCAGUUGCGUCACACUUCCAAUCUGUAUCAGGCACUGCAACUCGUCAAAUUAUUGGAUCAAGAAAAUAUUGCUCUUGUCUUCAGUUUUGAUGGUAUGACACCUACUUUCUGUUGGAACUAA